AUGCAGCUCACCAGCACCCUCGUCGUCCUUUCGGCCGCCCUCACCGGCGUGUCUGCCCACCCGUCCCUGCACGGCCACCAGCACUUCCACGAGCGCCGCACCGUUGACGGUGUUGAGCAGCGCGAUACUUUCUACAAGAACGUCGCCCCGUCAGUUCCCGCGCCUUCGCCCGUGGCCGCGACCCCGGCUCCGUCUCCCUCGGCCUCUGCCGCCAGCAAGCCCGUCGGCGAGUACGUCCCCUUCUGCAACGGCCAGAAGACCACCAAGCGCGCCACCCUCGCCCAGAUCGCCUCCGUUGGCAACACUGGCACUGAGGACGACUGGGGCUGCAACAUGCAGGUCGUCGACGACUCCAUCCUGUCGCUCUACAACUACACCUCCACCUUCACCGCCAGCGACAAGGACUACACUUGCUCGUGCUUCAACAAGAUCGGUCCCAAGGGCCUGAUCGACGGCUGCUGGUUCGCUGCCAUCACCUUCUCCGUCAAGGAUGGCCAGCACAAGAACGUCGCCUUCGACACCGACUCCCAGGGCUCCUGCGCCUGCGGCGCUGGCUCCGAGGUCCCCAAGACCUUCAUCGGCCAGUUCGCCGGCACCUGGCUCGAGUUCGACUGGGGCUCCGUCGCCAACGGUGGCAACUCCGGUGCCGACGCCUCCGUCCUCGUCGCCGGCUCCCAGUCCCUCCCCUACUACGGCAUGAAGGUCGCCGCCAACGGCAAGACCUGCUCGUGGGUCAAGUCCGACGGCUCCAACCAGGACGCCUACAUGCCCGGCAUGGAGGCUGCUGACGGUGUCGGCUGCAAGGGCUACUACACCGGCCACCUGGACGUCACCCUCGGCGACAACUUCACCGCCUAA